UUUUCCUGUGUAGCACCAGAAGGAUGAUUGUCCCCAUUCUCCACCGUGCUGAGAUCUCUUUCACAGUAAUCAAUCAGAUCCUGCUCUGUGUGGCAUUCCUCCAGCUCUAAUCCAUCUCAGUGGGUCACACGGACCCCUGCUUAACCGAUAUCAGCUCAGCGGGCGUAUUAACUAUGGAUGACGUCCGUCUUCGCAGUAUGUUAUUCACAAGGGCACAGCUGCCCUUCUUCAGAGACACAUCACUAAGCUGCUACUGUUCCUGCACUCGCUGGCAAACUGUGCCAGAGUCUGUGGCUAUAUUUAGCACAGCCUGUUUGGUUUUGGGUGCAGAUUAAUGUGAAGAGAUGAAAAUGGGAGCGAGGGAUAUCCGAACCUCUCCGAUGACGGAUUUUACGGAGGAGCCUGCAGCCUGUGAUGGGAGCUAAAGGUUUAUACUGCUGGUUGUAGUCGUUUCCUGGUGGAUCUUUUGGUGUGAGUCUGCAUCUCCUCUGCAGAUAGACGGUCUUCAGGAGCGGGCUGCUGUUUAUCCUUUGCUUUGAGGGUGACUGUGAGAGUGAGAACAAGGCAUUCUGGGAAUCCCAGCCAGCCCUGGAUGUGGUUGAGUCUCAGCUGUCAGCAGCAGAAGAAAAGUUUGUCCAAUGUUGCCUCUCUAUAUACUGAAGCUCACCUCCUGGGACAUCAUGAGUGGAUAACGGGCGUGGCCGGAGGCGGUGCAUAGGUCAAGGGGUGGAGCCACUGUGAUGGAUGGGCAGUUUUGAGUGGGAGGGAGGUGCUGUAAAUGAUGACCAGUCUUUUCCGCCGGAGUAACGCGAACAGUAACCAUGGCAGCGGUACGCGAGGGGGCGAUGCUGCCUCAGGAGAGCUCAAUAACAGGAGGCCUCCACGUCAGGUCCGCCGUUUGGAGUUUAGCCAGGCUAUGGAUGACUUUAAGAUGAUGUUCCCCAGCAUGGAGCAUGAGGUUAUCGAGUGUGUCUUGAGGGCCAACCAUGGUGCUGUCGACUCCACAAUUGACCAGCUACUGCAGAUGAGCUUGGACAGCCAGGCCACAGAUGACAGCUCAGAUUCUGAAGACAGCAUCCCUCCAGAGAUCCUGGGGAGAAGGCUUGAGCCGUGCAGCUCAGAUGAGGAGCCUCCACCCAUCUACGUGCCCUCCUAUGACAUGCACAUCUUUGACAGAAAACAUCCUGCAGAUGUUCCAUCCACACCACCACCCAGGUUCAAUGAUUAUCCACCUCCUGGGCAUCAGCAGGUUAGCAGAUACAGGAACUGGAAUCCACCGUUACUAGACAACCUCCCUGAUGAAUUCCUGCGUAUCCUGCCUCAGCAGUCAGAAACUCUUCAGCGUUCUCAGAGCAACCUGUCUCAGCCUUCCUCCUCCUCCUCUACCUCCCUGUCGUCCCUGACGCAGCUUUCAUCCAGCAGCAGUGCCCUGUCAGGUGGUGUUUGGUCAUCUGAACAGGACAGGAAGUUGAAACAGUACUUAGAGGAUGAGCGAAUAGCCCUUUUCCUGCAGAAUCAGGAGUUCAUGAAAGAGCUACAGCGUAACAGAGACUUCCUCAUAGCUCUGGAGAUAGAUCGUCAGAGGUGUGAGAAAACACAGUGUGGUCAUUCAUCUGCUUGCACGGAGAAUUCCACCGAAGGUGAUAAUUGUGGCUCGGCGUCUGAAGAGGCCUGUUCAUCAGUCUCUGAUGAUGCCUUAUUCCUGGAGAAACUCAAGCACAUGGGCAAAUCUACAAGGAAGAAGCUCUUUGAAAUUGCUAGAUCAUUCUCGGAGAAGACUAGAAGAAAGAAGUCCAAAAAGCGAGUUCUGCCCAAACACCAGUCAUAUCCUUACAUCUCCAGCCCUGACAGUCGCUGCCUGCAGUUUGCAUCUAUUCUGGGCUCUGCAACCUCCACCGUCAAUCUCCUGGAAGAAGUAGAGGGUCCGCCAUUGGAGAGGAAGGGGAGGAGUCAAAGGAAGUGAUGUAAUGAGAUGGAUGAAUCCUGGCUGGAGCAGCCAGUGGUUUCUGCUUUAGAGAGCUUGUUUCAACAGCUCUGAAGACUGAAGAAUCAUGAAGAUCGAGAUUUUAUUCAUUAGUUUCCUGCAAUGCUUAUUAAUCCUGAGCCAUAAAGUCAUCAUAGUUCUAUAUUGUUUGUAAUAUUCUGGUUCAGCAGUCUGGUUUCUGAUGAGUAUAGCAGAUCUGGUCUGUCGGGACAGUGCUCAUGCUGUGCUGGGACUCAGGACUCAGAACAUCCACAAGCACAAAACCUCAUUGCUCAGCUUGAUAAGAAAACCUGUGUUUAUCUCAGGAGUAAUUUAAAUGGCCUGGAGCCCGUGUACAGUUCCUGCCAUGUUUAUAGAUUACACUCUUCCCAUUUCCCAUGAUCUUAUUUGAUAGGUAUUACUUUGAUAACUGUGUGAUUGAUUAAAAAAUAGUUAUAAGAUUUAGUUGCUAUGUUGCGAUGGGGUUUCAACAAACUCACAAUCUGAAAUCAGCUCAAUAUCUUUUCAAAAAUUUUGCUUUUUUUCACCAUUCAUUCCUAAAACUAACAGUCAUAUUUUAUUAUUAGUGUUAAGUAAGGUCUGGUUGUGUGUAUUUACACUUACAUAGUAAUUAUUAAAACUAAAUUGUAAUUUUCACAUUUUAGAGCUGUCAGCUCACUGUAAAUUGCUAUAGAUUUUCAGAGGAUCAUUUUAUCCAAAUGAAAUAAAUUACAUUUUGAAACCA